GGAAUGUAGACAACUUGCUGGCGCGGCUGAUGUGAUAACGCGGGCGGUACAGGACGAGAUGAUGCAGUCAGAUACCGGGAAAUGUAGAAACAUCAGUUUCAGUAAUUCAAACAUGAAGACGGACGUGUUGGAAGAAGUUUCCUCAAAAUAUACAGUUUUAUGGCGCGUACCGGUUGGCUGUCAUGACAUGAAGAUUGAUAAGGGAAAGGAAUUGGAAAAUUGA